AUGCCAUUGAAUAUCAUUGGAUCUGUAAUCGUUGAUGGUGUCGACACGGUUCCAUUUUUAAGGCCAAUUUUGCAAUGGUCCCCAUAUUUGGCGUUGGUAGGUGCUAUCAAGUACUGGUCUAGAGGACCCAGUAAUGGAUGGGAACGUAAUUUACAUGGGAAAGUAUACAUCGUCACAGGAGCAACUACACAAAGUAUGGGUACAUCUGUAGCCGUCGAAAUGGCUAAGAGAGGUGCGCAGUUAAUUGUGCUAUGUAGGAGAAUUGAUGAAUGGUCUGAAGAUUGGUGUGAACAACUUAGGGUACAAACAGGAAAUGAAUUGAUUUACUUAGAACAAUGCGACUUGAGUGAUCUAUACGAAGUUAGAAAAUUUGCUACCAAAUGGUUAGAUAAUUCACCACCCAGACGAUUGGAUGGUGUGGUUGUUAUGAGUGGCGAUUGUGAGCCAUGGGGUUUGAAAAAGAAGAAAGAGAGUAUCGACGGUCUUGAGAUUCAAAUGGCAACAAAUUAUGCAGGUAUUUUCCACCUCUUGCAUCUAUUAAAACCUAGUUUUAAAGCGCAACCUCCAGAUCGUGAUGUUCGGAUAAUUGUCACUACGUGUUUCUUACAAGCGAUGGGUAAUUGCAAUGUGGAUGAUCCAUUAUGGAUAGAGGCGCCAUUUAAAAGUUCUCGUGAAAUGUUCAAUAGUUCUAAACUUCAAUUAUCAUUAGCUAUGUUGCAUUUGCAAAGGUCUUUGCUAGCAGAAUUGAAAAGAGACGCCAAAGACGGACGAAGCGGGAAAAACGUUACUGUCACAAUAGUUCAACCUGGUUUGAUGAGAUCACCAAGUCUAAGACGAGUCAUAAGUAAUGGUUCUGUUCUCAUGCUACUGCUGAUAUAUUGUAUUCUACUCUACCCACUCCUAUGGCUUUUCACCAAAAGUGGCAAUCGUGGUGCUCAAACGAUCAUGUACGCUUUGACAACUCCAGAGCUAGAAGAAAUUAAUUGGACCGAUGAGGAAGUCAAGUAUAUUGUCAAUUGCGCAAUGGUGAAGUUUGCAAGAAAAGAGUUUCACGAUGAAGAACUUCAAGAGAAGCUUUAUAAAAACACUUUGAAACAAAUAGAAACAGUGGAAAAACAAUCUGCUAUUGCAAGAAAGAAGAAAGCGGCUGAAAAACCUGCUAGUACCACUUCUUCGUCUUCCACGGCCAGCACUAGUACUACUACUAAAUCGAAGAAGAAGUCCAAAAAUAAGAAGGCCGCUAAAAAGGAUUGA